CAUUGGCCAAUCAGGCCGGACUAAGCGCGUAGGCGCCGCUGCAGUGCGAGGAAGCGACUUCGAGGCGUCUUUGAAGUGAACGACGGUAGUAAAGAGUGCUUUACUGCAAUGCCGAAUAAAUCCAAGAAAGAGAAGGAACCCGUAAAGUCUGGAAAAACUAGUAAAGCCGGAGGGAAAGAUGCCCAAGAAAACGUGGACCAUGAAGCUUGUAAUAAAAAAAACAGUUCAUUGCCCACAGCCCAGUUAACAAAGGUAAAACUUUCAGGGAUGCAGACAACAGUUAAAAGGGAAAAACGCCACAGUUCAUCAUGGUAUAAUCUUAGCAACGACAGGGAGCUGCAGAAACUUCCAGCUUUUAAAGAUGUCCCACCUGCAGAGCAAGAAAAACUUUUCAUUCAGAAGCUGCGUCAGUGCUGUGUUCUGUUUGAUUUUGUAUCCGAUCCUUUAAGUGACUUGAAGUGGAAAGAGGUGAAAAGAGCUGCUCUGAGUGAAAUGGUGGAAUACAUCACACACAAUCGAAAUGUUAUCACUGAGCCUAUUUAUCCAGAGGUAGUUCACAUGUUUGCUGUCAACAUGUUUAGGACUUUACCUCCCUCAUCUAACCCAACAGGAGCAGAGUUUGAUCCAGAGGAGGAUGAGCCAACUCUAGAGGCUGCUUGGCCUCAUUUGCAGCUUGUCUAUGAAUUUUUUCUUAGGUUUUUAGAGUCCCCUGAUUUUCAACCAAAUGUUGCUAAAAAGUAUAUUGACCAGAAAUUUGUAUUGCAGCUUUUAGAACUUUUUGACAGUGAAGACCCCCGUGAGAGAGAUUUUCUUAAAACCACACUUCACAGAAUCUAUGGAAAAUUUCUUGGGCUUAGGGCAUACAUUCGUAAACAGAUCAAUAAUAUAUUUUAUAGAUUUAUUUAUGAAACAGAACACCAUAAUGGGAUUGCAGAAUUACUGGAGAUUUUGGGAAGCAUUAUUAAUGGUUUUGCCUUACCUUUAAAAGAAGAGCACAAAAUUUUCCUGUUAAAAGUUUUGCUGCCUUUGCAUAAAGUCAAGUCACUUAGUGUCUACCAUCCACAGCUAGCAUAUUGUGUUGUUCAGUUUCUAGAAAAGGACAGCACUCUUACAGAACCUGUGGUUAUGGCACUUCUUAAGUACUGGCCAAAGACACAUAGUCCAAAAGAGGUCAUGUUCUUAAAUGAGCUUGAAGAAAUUCUCGAUGUAAUAGAGCCUUCAGAGUUUGUUAAAGUCAUGGAGCCAUUGUUUCGACAACUGGCAAAGUGUGUCUCAAGUCCACAUUUUCAGGUUGCAGAACGAGCAUUGUACUACUGGAAUAAUGAAUAUAUCAUGAGCUUAAUCAGUGACAAUGCAGCUAAGAUCUUGCCCAUCAUGUUUCCUUCAUUAUACCGGAACUCGAAGACUCACUGGAAUAAGACCAUCCAUGGCUUGAUCUAUAAUGCACUGAAACUCUUUAUGGAGAUGAAUCAGAAACUGUUUGAUGACUGCACUCAACAGUUUAGAGCAGAAAAGAAUAAAGAGAAGCUAAAAUCUAAAGAGAGGGAAGAGGCGUGGAUCAAGAUAGAACAUCUUGCAAAGUCAAAUCCACAGUACCCUGUGUACAUUGACUCCUCUUGCCUCAAUAGUCCUGUAGCAAUGGAGACAGAUGUUCCUUUGAUAGAAGAUGUUCAAAUGUUAAAAAAGACUGUAGAAGAAGCAGCUACUCCGCUACAGAGAGAUCAGAGGAAAGAACGGCCGCUUGUUAGACGAAAAUCUGAGCUGCCUCAGGACAUUUAUACCGUGAAAGCCUUGGAAUCACAUCGCCGCACUGAAGAAAUCCUGACCAUUCAUGAUGAGCAUUAGGCAAACAUGCCGGUUUUCUGCUUUGAACAGGAAGACUGCAGAAUGCAAACACAAAUAAGAUGGACCAGAAACUCCAGGAUUUUUGCCCAUGAAGCACAGUUCUAUGACUCUGUGCAUUAAGGUUUCUGCUUUCUCAGGAUGUGAAGAAGUGGUGUUUUUCGAAUUUCUUUGUCUUUUUGUUUUCCCCAAUAUUACCACAUAUUGAGUGCCUGCCUGCCUUUAAAUUUGUCUUGUGUUGUUUUAUUUGUUAGUCUUUAAUUAAAAUUUUGCCAUAUUCAGAAUAUAAGAUCAUAAUACACUGAGAAGCAGGAGACCGACAAUGAAAACAGAUCUUUUGGGGGAAAAAAGCAAUGUGAAAUAUGAAUUUUUUUAAGGAACAAAUACAGAGAACAUGCACAGACAAGCUUUUUUUCUUCCAAUAACAGGAUCAACUGUUAGUGCCAAUGUUUCAUUUCAUUCACAUCAAACUUUAAUUUUUCAUGUCACUUUGCUUUUGAGGAAAAGUGUAUUUUUGUAACCCAAGAAGUGGGAAGAGUACUCCUGCAGAAUUUACCAAAAUACUGGAAAUAGCUCAGUGAGCAGAGAACCGGCAUGAAUAUUUAGGUUGUCCAUCCACAAUGUAUGUCUGCGUAUAGUGGUCUCUGUGUGCCAAACUACUUUAAUUUUACACAUAAAGAAGUUUUACCCAAUUCAGUAGGCAAUAAGUUUACUCAGAAUUCAUUUGAAAUGUUGGUAGUUCAAACAAGGGUCAAGUAUAGAUAAACAUUAAAAACAAAUUGUCUGUCCUCCGUUAAUUUUGAAAUGUUCUUAAUAUUCCUUUAAUUCUGUAAUUAUUGUAAAUCUGAUACAAAUAGCAGUUCUGUGAAUUAAUACUUCCAAAUUUGUCUUUGAGCUGCCUAAAAUUUUUAAAAGGUGUGUUUACUGUCUAGCUAGUUUUUAGAACUGCCUUUCAAAGGCUGUAUUGUCUCCAUACCUGCAAAACCAGCAAGAUGUCUGUUUGCUCCCUAUACUUGCUUAUGUAUGCUAUACAUUCCAGUAGUAAGUGAGAAUUUGAAGGUACCACAUUUUCCUCGUAUCCAUGAAUACUACUUGGUUACAGCCAGGUCCUGCCUUUCUGUUGCACACAAGAAAAAUGACUGUUAAAGUUAUGCAGACUCAUUACAAGGACUUCCACUUGUUCUUCAUGGAUUUCAAAGACUCUUUACAACAAAGCAGAUAAAAGUGCCACAGACUACUAUGUAGAGCAUGCGUAAGCAUGCCUAAUUUGAUUCUUCAUUGCAGCCAGUGUUUAAACUGAGAUGCUAUAGUUUCUGUCAGUAUGGUGCUUUGACAGUUUGCUAUUUUCUUUCCCCCCCCCGCCAAUGACACUAGGAUGGUCUUUUACAGAGUGCCUUUAUGGAUAAAUGAUAAAUACUGGCCUAAAAGCAAAUAGCUUUUGAAUGCCAAAAUGUAUGUUAUUCAAUAUUUGUUUAAAUCUGUUUCUCUGGCUAAAAACUAUGUACAUAAUAAUAGUGUUUCAUGUGCUUAUAGCUUGAUAAGCAGUUCUUAUUCCUACAGCGAUGCUUACUGAACAUUUGAAGGUUAUUCUCUAAUUAGCACUUCCUGAUAAACUUGAAGACUUCUGUUUGCUGUAGGAUCAUUGUCUGCUAUGUGAACACUGUUUGUUAGCCUUGCCUGUGGUGCUCCAACACCUCCACCCCUCCUUUUAGCUAGUCUGUCUUGGUUUUUAUAAAGGGGAGCAAAGUACUCAGAAUUCUGUUUUAAAUAUAUAUGUAUGUUAGUAUUUGUAUGUUUGUGUGUGUAAUAAAUAUAAACACACACACACACACAAAUUCUUUUACAUAUUUGUAUCUGUGUAUGUGUAGAUGCUUGCACACACAUACAUUGUGCUAACUGGUAUACCAUUGUUUGAACUCCCAUCAUUUUUCAACUAUAGGUUCUGAAAUUUGCAUUUGGCUUAAAUAGUACAGUUGUGCAAAAUGUUGGAUAGUUGAGGGUGGGGGAGAAGGAAAUGUUGUAAAUUUUGUUUGGUUACAAAGCUGUAUAUGUUAAUGUAUGGUUGAAUGUGUAAAGUGUAAAAAAAUGUUACCACGUCCAGCAUUUGUCUUAACUCUUUUCCCGUGUAUAAGGAUGGACAUUCAACAACAUGAAACAACAUUCUUGACCAACAAUCAUUUAAUAGUUUACAACAAAUCUUUUGAUUUUUGCAGCACUCCCAAAUGAAGAGGCACCAUAUUUAAAAAAUAUUAGUAUUUUCACAUGUAAAUGUUUAAGUUAUGGCACAAAAUCAAUUCCUAGAAUCUUACAAUGAAAAAGUUUGAUAAUUAUCAAUAAUAAACCAUUCAACUUAAGCAUCACUACAAAUUGUUUAAUGUAUACUUUUCACAGUACAACAAGACAAGUGUCCUUUAGGCUAAGACUUGUACUAAAUUGCUUUGUUUAAAUUUUGUACAUAUUAUGUAAUUUGUUUACGUAGUGUUAUCUAUUAAACAAUAGAUGUCA